AUGGCUCGAUCACUUGCAGCAGCCGCGCUGGCACUCCUUCCCCUUGUGACUGCACAGCAGAUCGGUUCGACCCCCGAGAAUCACCCGCAGCUCACAACAUACAGAUGCACUUCUCAGGGUGGCUGCGUUGCACAAAGCACCUCAGUCGUGCUUGACAUCAGUGCACACUGGAUACACCAAAAGGGAGGGCAGACACCAUGCACCACUAGCAGCGGCCUUGACCCGUCCCUCUGCCCGGACAAGGUGACCUGCAGCCAGAACUGCGUAGUCGAAGGCAUCACCGACUACAGCAGCUUCGGCGUGCAGACCACGGGCGACGCCAUGACGCUCUACCAAUACCAGGAGCAAAACGGCCAGAUCAAGAGGCUGUCGCCGCUCGUGUACCUCCUCGCCGAGGACAGCAAGAACUACAACAUGCUGCAGCUACUCAACCAAGAAGUCGCCUUCGACGUCGACGCCUCCAAGCUCCCAUGCGGCAUGAACGGCGCCCUCUACCUCUCCGAGAUGGACGCCUCCGGCGGCCGCAGCGCCCUCAACCCCGCCGGCGCAACCUACGGCACAGGCUACUGCGACGCGCAGUGCUUCAACACCAACCCCUGGAUUAACGGCGAGGCAAACACCGCUGGCGCAGGCGCCUGCUGCCAGGAGAUGGACCUCUGGGAGGCCAACGCCCGCGCCACAGCCUUCUCCCCGCACCCAUGCAACACGGCCAGCCUGUACGCGUGCGCCGGCGCCGAAUGCAACUCCGUCUGCGACAAGCUCGGCUGCACCUUCAACCCCUACGUGCUCGGCGCAAGGGAUUAUUACGGCUACGGUCUCACCGUCGACACCACCAAGCGGAUGACCGUCGUCACGCAGUUCGUGACGGACGAUCACACCGCGGCAGGCACACUGGCCGAGAUCCGCCGGCUGUACGUGCAGGAUGGCAAGAUCAUCAUGAACGCGGCCGUCUCGGCCGGCAGCUCCAUCACGGAGUCCUUUUGCUCGUGGUCGAGCACGUUCAAGGGUCUGGGUGGUUUGGAGCGCAUGGGCGAGGCGCUGGGUAGGGGCAUGGUGCUUACGUUCAGUAUUUGGAAUGAUACGCGCCAGUUCAUGCAUUGGCUCGAUAGUGGCGAUGCCGGGCCGUGCAAUAGCAUCGAGGGAGAUCCUGCUUUGAUACAGGCCUACUACCCCGAUACGUCGGUGACUUUUUCGAAGAUCAGGUGGGGUGAUAUUGGUAGUACGUACUCUGCUUAG